AUGAGUUUUUUAAUGAAAACCCAAUCUUUAUCCAAAAAAGUUGAAAAAAAUCUUAUUGUUGAAAAAAGACAAAAACAUAAUGAAGUUGAAAAAAGAAGUCGUUUAUUCAGAAAAAGUUUAAUUGAUAAAUUAAGUAAUGCAACCUUUGAUGACCUCUCUGAUGAUGAAAUGGGAACAGUUGAAGAGGUAUUGGAAAAGUCUGUCCACUUUAUUGAUUCUAUUUUAAAAAAAUUUGAAAUCACUGAUUUGAAUGAAGAGAUAUCAAAUACCCUCAAAUCUCCAAAUUUAAUUAAUUUUAAAUAUUGUUGUAAUAAUAAUAAAAAUAAAAAAUAA